AUGGGGAGGGGUGCGUGGGGUUGGAGAAACUUUCUCCUCCGGGGAUGGGGGCGCUCGAGCGGGUACUCACAGCGAGGUCGGCGCUGCCAACCAUCCUGGACGCCGCUCGGCCCCACCGCCGGGGAGGGGGGCGCGGGAGCGCGGGCGCUCGCUGCUGCCGCCGCCGCCGCCGCCGCCUCGCCGCUCCCAGCCCCGGUCCCGGGCUGGCCUCGAGCCUCCCGCCCCGACGCCGUGCGCUCGCUUUAUACAACUCCACUCGAGCGCGCCCGGCCUUAUGUAAAGGCUGGCGGAGGCCCGCAGCCAAUGGCGCGGCAGCUGGAGCCGGGGGCCCUUGGGCGGGGGGCGUCCGCGCAGCCAAUCGCCGCCUGGAGAGCUCCGGGAGCCGGGUGGGGGAAGGGGUCGCCUCCCCGCGCUGAUUUAGGAGCCGGGAUUGCGGUGGCAGCAGCCGGCAGCCCGGCUGGCCCGGCGCGGCGCGUGGCGGGCCCCGCGGUGGGCGGCGGCGGCGGCCAAGGGCGGGCGCCCCCUGCGUGCCACCGCGCCCCGCCGCUGCGACGCGUAACCUUCUGGAGGCUGCCGGGCCUGGCGAGGCACCAAGCGGAGAGGGCGCGCCUUGGCGGGGCGCACGGGGCCCUGGGCCGGCGGGAAGCCGCGAUCCCUUGGGAGGAAGCGCCGGGAAGGAAGGCCCCCGGGGUGGGAGGGCCGCGAGCCCCAGCACCCCGCGGGCAGCCCUGCGAUGCGCGCGCGGCCGAGGAGGAGGGAGACGGCGGGAGCAGCCGCGCCGCCUUCCAGUCCCCUAGAUUGCGAUCUGGCCGUCGCCGGGCCGGGCCGGGCCUGGCCGCACGAGCUGCGCUGAUGGCGAGAUUGCAUGCUGCGGAGCGAGCGCCGAGCGGAUUUUUAUCUGGCCUGGGGACGUGUCCGAGCCUCCAGGGAGCUGCUCAGUAUGGGGAGCAGAGCUUCACGACCGCCUCAGCGGGCGGGGAGCGGACAGCAGAGCUCCGAGCUCGGCUGGGCAGCGUCUGCUAUCCCCGCCCGCGCCGCGCCCGCCCCGGGCCGUGUCCCUACCCCGCUCCACCCCGCCUGGCCCCGCGGGCUUGGCGCACCUGUCCUGGCCCCGCGGCGGUGCUUGGGAAGGCAUCUCCCUGA